UGGCGGCCGGGCUUCGCGGCCGGCGCCCCAGCAGUACUGGGAGCCGAGGAGCCGGGGGCGGGAGAGCGAAGCCAGAGGCGAGGGAGUGGGGUGAGCGCCUUCGGCGCGCAGAGGUCACGGCCCACGGGCUCGUUCCCCGGGGAAAUCCUACAGAUUCUUUUGUAGUCGUUGUCAGAAGACGCGGCCGAUCUGAGGUCCUUUUAGAAGUGUGCAUACCUUUCGAUUUUUUAAAAAAUACAAUGUCUAAUGGUUAUGAAGACCACAUGGCCGAAGACUGCAGGGAUGAUAUCGGGAGAACGAAUUUAAUUGUCAACUACCUCCCUCAGAACAUGACCCAGGAUGAGUUGCGGAGUCUGUUCAGCAGUAUCGGUGAAGUCGAAUCUGCAAAACUCAUUCGGGAUAAAGUAGCAGGGCACAGCUUGGGCUACGGCUUUGUGAACUACGUGACUGCCAAGGAUGCGGAGAGAGCGAUCAACACCCUGAAUGGCCUGCGGCUUCAGUCAAAAACCAUUAAGGUGUCGUAUGCUCGCCCGAGCUCAGAGGUCAUCAAAGACGCGAACCUGUACAUCAGUGGGCUCCCGCGGACCAUGACCCAGAAGGACGUGGAGGACAUGUUCUCUCGGUUUGGGCGAAUCAUCAACUCCCGGGUCCUUGUGGAUCAGACCACAGGUUUGUCCAGAGGGGUUGCGUUUAUCCGGUUUGACAAACGGUCGGAGGCAGAAGAGGCAAUUACCAGUUUCAAUGGUCAUAAACCCCCAGGUUCCUCCGAGCCCAUUACAGUGAAGUUUGCAGCUAACCCCAACCAGAACAAAAACGUGGCGCUGCUCUCCCAGCUGUACCACUCGCCCGCCAGACGGUUCGGAGGCCCCGUUCACCACCAGGCGCAGAGAUUCAGGUUCUCCCCUAUGGGUGUAGAUCACAUGAGUGGGCUUUCUGGUGUCAAUGUCCCGGGCAACGCGUCUUCGGGCUGGUGCAUCUUCAUCUACAACCUCGGGCAGGACGCCGAUGAGGGGAUCCUCUGGCAGAUGUUUGGCCCCUUUGGGGCAGUCACCAAUGUGAAAGUGAUUCGCGACUUCAACACCAACAAGUGCAAAGGCUUUGGCUUUGUGACCAUGACAAACUAUGAAGAAGCCGCCAUGGCCAUAGCAAGUCUGAACGGCUACCGCCUGGGGGACAAAAUCUUACAGGUUUCCUUCAAAACCAAUAAGUCCCACAAAUAACUCGCUCAUGCUUUUUUUUUUUGUACGGAAUAGAUAAUUAAGAGUGAAGAAGUUGAAACUUUUUUGUUAGUGUACAACUCAUUUUGCGCCAAUUUUCACAAGUGUUUGUCUUAGUCUAAAUGAGAAGUGAAAAGGUUUUUAUACUCUGGGAUGCAACCGACAUGUUCAAAUGUUUGAAAUCCCACAAUGUUAGACCAAUUUAAGUUUCUUAAGUUAUUUCCUUUAAAAUAUAUAUUAAACAGAAAUCUAAGUAGACUGCAUUGACUAACCAGUCCCUCGGGACGGUGGUGAACCUGAAGCAUGCUUUAACUUCUAAGACUGUCUAACACUCGUUUCAUUCGGUGUCUCCACAAACUGGAUAUAAAAAAAAAAAAAAAAAAACUUUUUAGUUUUAGUUUUCAAACUAAAGAUGUUAGACAGAUGCUGAGUGUGCGUUUUCUCAACCGCUUCAACAUUUUAAGCGAUUUCUGCUUUGGUUGACAGGAAAUUGCUUUCCCCAGCAGGUGCCAUUGCCACUCCUGCUCACUCAGCCCCGGGGCUCUGCAGCGGUGCCAUCCGAUGGGGGGGGCCGCCACCGGGGAGGGGGGCCGCACGCCGGGCCGCGCCGGGCCCUCCAGAGAAGGACACGCACAGGUUUCGCAAGCCCAGGCGCCAGUGGGAACGGACCAAAGAGUUUCAGGGAAACUCCAGUAGAUUCCAGAGUCAGACCUAACUCCAGGCGCGCCUGAAGACGUGCUGCUGAUCCUCUGACAUCCCGAAUUUCUGUGCACACGUUGCAUGCACGGUGCCCCGCACACCGGGCGCUGGUGUUCCCAAUCAUUUCUCCACUUUUCCCAGAGCAGUUCACACAGCUCGAAUGCCUAAGAUCGCUCUAUAUUUUAAGAACACGGAAACAUUUGAGCAUUGUAUUUCUCGCAUCCCUUCUCGUGAGCGCUAGACUUGUUCCUAUUUUAGUCGGAUUUUGUUUUGAAACUUUGCUUUCGUAUGAACACUCAGCAGAAAAGUACUUACUUCUUGCCAGUUAUCUAUUAACAACAACAAAAAAAAAACAAAAAAAAAAAACAAAAAAAAAAACCUUUGAUUUGUAGUUUUAAAGAUUAACCCUCCCAAGUUCUCUUCAUAACUGCCUUGACAUUCUGGGUUGUUCUGUUCUGUUAAUUUUCUUUUGCUUUUUUGUGUUUUUUGUUUGUUUUUACUUUUGCAUUUAAGACCAUUAAAUUUGAUUUUGUUUUGCUCAAAUUUUGUUUUGUUUUUUAUUUUACCUUUUCUUUCUUUUUGGCUAGGUAAGGUCCAGACGGCCAGCAUUCAGGGAGGAUUUAUAAAAGAUCUUAAGAAACAAAGACUUGCCUCGAGACAAAGCAUUUACAGGUCUGUGACGUAGGAGUGUGCAGUCACAGAUGGCGUUUUUAAAAUGGGGGAGCCAGUAGGGAGAGUCUGAGAGAGAGAGAGAGAGAGAGCUUGAGAAGUAGCAGGGCCAGACCUCCGGGCAACUCCUCAGGAGUGUGAUCUGACUUUUAUAAAUAUCUAGCGUUUAGAGAGAAUCAAAAAUAGGAGAACUUAGUACCAGCAGUUUUUACGCCUUGACAUAAGACUAAAACACAUAACAAUAGGCAGUUUUAGUUGAUCAAUAUCAUGGAAUUGUGGUAUUAUUUAUCUAUUUAUCUACCUACCUAUUUAUUUAUUUAUUUAAGUGGAAAAAAAAUUGGGCACAGCCUUCUCCAGAGCAGGUCAGUGUUCUGAGACGCCCCCCGGACCGUCUGAGGCUGCCUGUCCCAGCCCCGUUUCCCUCAGACUUUGUCGAGGGGCUGCCAACCGCUUGCAUUAUCCUCCCCAACUUGAGAUGUUGUCAUGUUGUUUUCCCACCGAAGGGGCCAAGUUCAUACCUUGAGGCCUUCUCGUGAGUUGGCCACAUGCCAUGGAGGAACCCCCACCCCCUCCUCCAGCGGAAGUUUCCAGAUCCUAAGUCAAAGCCCGCUUGCGUGCCUCCUCCUGGAGCCCAGAGCCAAGGCCCGUCAGCCUGGAUUUGACACAGGAGAGGGGCCCCCCUGCUCUGUCUGCCCCAGAGCGCUCUUCACCGCAGACCAGGACGUUCCCCUGGAAGAAUAUGCCUUUCAGGUUGUGCUAGCCUUGGGCCGGUGUCUCCUCAGUGAAGAUGGAUUCCCAUUAGGUCUCUUCCUUGACACACAUUCCUGCCUGCCCUCACUAGCGUUCCAUGUCUUACUUGAAUUCUGUCGGAAGCAAAAACCGUGAAAUGACGGGCUGGGAGCCAGCACCGCCGCUCCUUCCCUCCCCGCCCGGUUAUCCGAACCACAUUGAUCACUGAUGCUGGCACAGAGGAGGAGAUGAGCCUUCGAGAGUUGCCUGAGGUUUCUCAGUUCAGUAAAAUCCUCCUUUUACACGGGCUCCACUCUGAACAGCCUUUCUGGCUAAAACCCCAGCGCGUUGCUUUGGGAGUGUGAAUUUGCAAGUGUGUGGAAGGCUUUCGCUUUUGACGUGUUACUUAACCCUGAAAAGCAACUGGCGCUCCCAGGGAUGUACCAGGUGCUGGUCCUGUGUCCAACAAGUUCAUUAUCUCUUCUCCAG